AAUAUGUCACAGCCAAAACAACUCUUCCACUAAUAUUGCUGUCAUUGAAUAAUCAAUAUUUCUUUAAAAAAAUCAUCACCAUGGUAGAGAUUGAUCAAGAUUUCAUUCAACCCCCAGAGCAUAGACCAAAACUAAGUAUCAUAGAAGCUGAAAAUAUUCCAGUAAUAGACCUAUCACCUAUAUUAGAUGAUUCCAAUAAUGUUAAAAACCCUUUAGUUAUUGAUGAGCUUGUGAGGAAAAUAGGAAGUGCAUGCAAGGAAUGGGGGUUCUUCCAAGUGAUCAAUCAUGGAGCUCCUCUUGAAAGUAGGCAAAGGAUUGAAUCUGUUGGAAAGAAAUUCUUUGGUCAAAAAAUGGAGGAGAAGAAGAAAGUUAGGAGAGAUAUUGUGAAUGUUAUGGGAUAUUAUGAAACUGAGCAUACUAAGAAUGUUAGAGAUUGGAAGGAAGUGUUUGAUUUUACUGUUAAAGAACCUACUUUGGUUCCAGCUUCAAUUGAUCCUGAUGACAAAGAGGUCACUCAUUGGUAUAAUCAGUGGCCAGAAUUUCCACUAGAGAUGAGAGAGACAUUCCAAGAAUAUGCUCAACACAUGAAAAAACUAGCACUCAAGAUAAUGGAACUCAUCGCCCUAAGCUUAGGAUUACCCCCAAAAAGAUUUGAUGAUUUCUUCAAAGAUGAAACAAGCUGGAUCAGACUCAAUCAUUAUCCACCUUGUCCAAACCCUGACAUUGUUCUAGGUUGUGGUCGCCACAAAGAUUCUGGUGCUUUAACUGUUCUUGCUCAAGAUGAAGUUAGUGGAUUAGAAGUGAGGAGAAAAUCUGAUGGUGAAUGGGUUUUGGUUAAGCCUUUACCUAAUGCUUAUAUUAUCAAUGUUGGAGAUGUAAUUCAGGUUUGGAGUAACGAUGAAUAUAAGAGUGUUGAACACAGAGUGAUGCUAAACACAGAGAAGGCAAGACUUUCAUAUCCAUUCUUUCUCUUUCCUUCACACUACACAAUGGUGGAACCUUUGAAAGAGCUCACAAAUGAUCAAAACCCUCCCAAGUAUAGACCUUACAAUUGGGGAAAGUUUUUAGCUACUAGAAAGCGUAGCAACUUCAUGAAACUUGAUGUUGAAAACAUCCAAAUACAUCAUUUCAGGAUUUGAUUAGAUUCAACAUUUUGCUAUAUAAUGUUGUGAUCAAGAUGAUGUUGUAUUUGGAAAAGGAGCCAUGAAUUAAUAUGUGUAUUAUAUGUUUCAUCAAGUUAGGUUUAUGAAUAAGGCUCUAUAUGAACAAGUCUUGACCAAAAUGUAUUAUCUUAAAUAAGGAGGCAUUGUUGGCUCAUGAAUAAUUUCAGUUUCUGAGGGUUUUAUUUUA